AAAAUUGGUGUUUUCAAAGUGUUCAUUUACCGGAAGCGCUUUGGAUGUUGGCGUUACUUUAAACCGGGAAUUCCCCAAUAUGUUUUCAUAAUUCAUAUAACCUACGUGCCAUGCCUAGGGGUGGUGGUUAUUUGUGCUUUACUCUUCUUCUUAAUAGGCGGGACUUUCGUACCUCCCGGCAAACCUCGAGCACAUUAACUCACCUGUGUUCAGGUAGCCCAAGGGGUGGGGGAAGAUGACAGCACGUAGAUCUCUUUAAAUAGGCAUUUGCUGGCAGUUGUGUUACUUUUAGUCCACAAGCUUUCUGUUCGUCACUAACUUUUUUUUAUAAAGCUUUAGCACGUGAGCUCUAGUAUGAAUUUGAAAGUUUAAUAACGCAUUAAACGAGGACGUUGAGGCGGACACUGAAGCGUAUUCUUUCAAAUACUUGAACUGUUUUCUAAGAAGUUUGCAGUUGACAGGAGUGUAACUUAUGGCAGCAUCAAAUCGCAUUGGACGAGGGAGAUCUCAGCUUCCAACAUGCUAUUACGAAGGAUUUCUGGAAAAGAAAUCAAUCAAAGACAAGAGGGGUCGUAAACUCUGGACCAGUUUAUGUGGCAAUGUACUCUUCUUCUACAAUAACACCAAAGACAAUGUUUAUAUAGAGAAGCUGGAUCUCUCUGAUCUUGUCUCUGUGAAUGAUGACCGCUGUCGUGACCGAAACCUGGAUGCUGCUAGAUUCACGCUGCACAUGAAAAAUGAAGACAUCAAGAUGAUUGCCCCAAGCCUUGAGGCCCGAGAACUGUGGAAAGGCUUCAUGCUCUCAGUUUCUAAGCUGUCUGUGCCGAGUUCUCUGAACCUGCUGCCUGGUCAGAUUCACAUGAUGAAGGAAAUAAUAGAGAAAGAGAAAAUAAGGCAGCGGCUUCUUUCAUCUCCUCCACCUCCCUUUGUUACUGUACAGUCAGACAUGCCUCCGUGUUAUCAAAAUGUUACUCGUGUCGAAGCUGAAUACUUAUUGGAAAGCAACAGUGUUCGGGGAAACUUACUGCUGAGGCCUGGUCAUGAUGGGACAUCUUUUGCCCUCACUACACGCCAAGAUAUUAACGGCAGACCAGUAUUCAAACAUUAUCGUGUGUCUCGGAGCCAUGAAGGAGGAUUCACCAUUGCCCUUGAGACUCCUAUCACCUGUGAGACCCUGCAUGAUGUCGUUAACUGCAUGCUGAAGAAGUCCAAUGGAGUUUUGGUGCCUCUUCUGAUGGAGGAACACUAUGAGAAAAGUAUCACAUUUAUUGAGACCGAUAAGGAGAAUGGUGAGAGAAAUGUGCUUCGUCCCAAAGCACCUUCGCCUACUCCUCCAAUGCCUCCCCCAAAACCAGCAUUUGUCGAGACCAAACAUGAAAAUGGUGAGACAAGUGUGCAUCUUCCCAGAUGCCCUUCGCCUACUCCUCUGCCACCCCCAAAACCAGUACCAAGGAAUCAAACAUCCCAGUCAGAAACAAACACACAUGAAAGCACCUAUCUCAAUGUGUCAAAUGUUGGGGAGUAUGAGGUGGAUCAGACGGCAUGUCCUCCACCUCCUGUCCUGCCACGUCUUCAAGAUGGUGAAAAAAAGAUUUUGGUACAUCCUGGCAACUGUAAAACAACUUCCAGAAGGAACGGUUUGUCAAGCGUGCCUAAGAAUAUUCCGAAGUGUGAGCAGAAACAUGUUGACAUAAAUGAGCUCCAAGAGGUUCUUAGUAGGAGACGAAACCAGGAAUAAACGUAAUCUCUCUAAAACGAUGAUAAUGGUUUCAUUGUGGAAUGAGGAAUAAUUCCUUAGUAUUAAGCUAUUCUUAAAUGUAUACCAGCAGAUAUAUGGAUAUACAGCUUUACUUGCCAGGACACUGAAUCUGUGAUAUUUUCCCACUGAUGUUCACUUGAAUCCAGAGAUUGAUUGAUUGAUCACAAUCAUUUAUAGACCAACAUAUCAAUCAUCAUGUGUCAUGUUGCAUAGCUGUUGACUGUAAAUCACUACUGCUGUUUGUGUAGUUGAUCUCAUUGACAGACUGUUGAUUUAUCAUUUAUUAAGUUAUUCAGAUGGAAAGUCAAGUUUAAAUAUUUUCUUGAAUUCCAAUGUGUCAGAUAGCUGGUCUAAGUCUCUCCUCUCUAUCUCUGAUCAUAAAAUAUCAGUCUUGCUAUAAUAGUCACAAAUGGAUGUUGAUAAUAUGUUGAUCUAUAGUGUGACUUUACUAUGUGGGGAAGUUGCAGGUCAUCUUUCUCCAGAUAGAGAAACAGAUCAAACAAAUGUUGUUUUUAUGUUCCUGUUACAACAUGUUUUAUACUAUAUAUUUUGAGAACAAUACAUUGAUCAUGGAAAAUACGUACCCUGUGUCACACUUUCUUCCAUGUGUGGUUGUGCAAGACAAAAGCAUGUUUGGCAUUUGUUUUAUUGACGUAACAGGUAGUGUAA